AAAUCAAACUCAACUGUCCUUGGUGAUACCAAAGUAAUAUGUUCACAUCUGAGAGAACAACAACCCACAGUAUCUGCUUUUUUGCCACUUUUCUUGCUUCCUACUCUUAAUGCAAUUUUGUCAAUAAG